CAAAAACCGAAAAAUAAAUGGUAGUAAAAGCUAGGGACAUGAAAGCCAUCUUAUCCAGUCUGUAGUAGUUGAUAAAAGCAGCAAAGGGUGAACCAGUACUAGUGUAAAACCAAAGAAAUGGCGAUCCUUUGUUCUUCAACCUCAGCCAUUUUCUCUUCUUCUUCAGAGAGAACUUCAUUUGCUUCUUUGAAAAAGAAUAUUCCUAGUAACCAAAGCUCAUUUCUUGGGUUCUUCCCAGUUCUGGUAUUGUCAAAACCUUCUGUUGUUCGGACGACAACAACGCUAUCUUUCUCUAAACGGGAUUUCCGGGUUCGUUGUCAGGACCUCUCUCUUGUCCCUGAAAACCAACGUUGGAUGUUCGAGGAAUCCGAGGCUGAUGGCCCUGACAUUUGGAACAACACAUGGUAUCCGAAAGCUAAAGAUCACGUGAAUACCGAAAAACCAUGGUAUGUUGUAGAUGCAUCAGAUAAAAUUCUGGGAAGACUUGCAUCGACAAUAGCUGUUCAUAUUCGUGGAAAGAAUUUGGUCACUUAUACUCCUAGUGUGGAUAUGGGAGCCUUUGUGAUAGUGGUGAAUGCUGAAAAAGUUGCUGUAUCCGGAAAGAAAAGGACACAAAAGCUCUACAGGAGGCAUUCAGGAAGACCAGGUGGCAUGAAAGUGGAAACAUUCAACCAGCUGCAGCAGAGAAUUCCCGAGAGAAUUAUUGAGCAUGCUGUCCGUGGUAUGCUUCCUAAAGGAAGGCUUGGUAGAGCAUUGUUUAACCACCUAAAGGUUUACAAGGGCCCAGACCAUCCUCAUGAAGCCCAGAAGCCUAUCGAGCUGCCAAUACGGGACAAGAGGGUACAGAAGCAGAGAUAAACAAAGAUAAAGCAGGGUCUGGCUUGAGAGAGUGUAGGCAAUGAUGCUUCCCUCAUUACUGGCCAUUUUCUCAUGUUUUUGGUCCCUCUGGCUAUAAAUUUCUCUCUUUGGCUCCCGCUAUGCGAAUGCGACAGCAUGCUGCUCCCGUUUAUAUUUUGAUUAUAGAGGUAUUUGAAAUGAAUCUUACUCUUCUUGAGCUGAGUUGAAUGCUAGACUCUGAUGAAUAUGUUUCAAUUUCCUUAAAAUGUAGUUUAAAUCGGAUCUGUUGUCCUUGAACCAAGUUUGAUUCGUUAAUCAAGUAUUCAUCAUUUAUCCAUGGGAUUGAACCAAGUU